UUCAUCUACUCAGCCUAGCUGACUCACUUCUUCCUCACUGAUUCACUUCUUCCUUUUCCCGUUUCUCCCUCUUUCUCUCUUCUAAAUCAAAGAUUUUGUUCCUCAUAUCAACCACAACCACUCAACUAUGGACUACGAAGCAUAUCGUUCUGGAAGAAACAGCUCCACCCAAUCUCUUUCCCAUGGCGAUGAGUAUUGUUUUGUCUGGCAUACAACCUCAUCAAUAUCUGUCUGCUCUUGUAUAUCGAGGAAAAGAUAAAGGUAAUGUUGAGGAAAAAACUGUUUGGGUUACUAACGCUAUCACAGAAGGAUUUACAGGUAUGGAUUCUAAUUGUUCUACAUUUCAGGAAACUCCACAAACCAAGGGUCGAAUCUUUGGAUUAGGGAAAGUUGCAAAAAGACUCCGUUCUUUAUCAUAUUCAUCGACACUAUAUGAUCGUGAUCCUGAACUUAUUCGAGCCCUCCAAGAGAAAGAUGACCGUAUUGAAGCUCUUGAGAAGAUGAUGGAAAAAGAGAAUGAGAGGAGCAAGCAGAGAGAUGAGGAGCUUGCGUCGUUCAUGGCAGAGAUGAGAUCAAAGUUCUCCGACAAUUCAAGUUCUUAGUUUUCACAAUAUUUAAGUUUCAUUUUCUAUUUCUUUUUGAUUUGUGUAUAUUGCAUUUUCUUUUUGGGAUGUU